AGCUGACCAGAAAGUUUCGCCUUUAAGCAAAUAAACCUUCACCCAUUGAGCCCAGAGGGACUGUGAGGAUGUGAUUCUCCAUAUGAGCUUGUGUUGCUAAGAUAAUGUAGUUUGUUCUAUUAGGUGUUAUCAGCCUCAGUGAGAUAUGCACAGUUUUGUUUACGUGAAUAAUAUAUGAAUACACAGAUACAUUUUCAGUUAGCUUUUGGAUAUGCACAUGAUCGAUAUCUUAGAUCAAAGUGAUUUUAUUUACUAAUAAAUCAAACAUUUUGGACGUACAUUAGUUCAGUUUGUCGAUUUUUUUAGUUAUGAGUUUCUAUUACUAAAAGAUUUUUAUUUGAUAUCAAAAGACUCUGACUACUGACUACUGUUCGUUAUGCAGCUCUGAUUCAACAUUAUGAUAUUUUCAAAGAAUGUUAUUAGUCUCAUUCGUUAUAGGUUUGAAAAUAUAUAUGGAUCAAUCAAAUAUGUAUAUCCUUAAAAAAAACUAGAUUGAUUUAAUCACAAACCCUGGAUUAAAUACGAAUGUGUGUCUGAUAUUGUACUAAACGUGAAAGUUUUCACCAAUUAGGGAUAUACAGGCCGCAUCCUAUAAUUGGAUUGUUUUUUUUUUUAUCACUUGGUCAUUGCAAACGUUACGAGGUCUGAUUUGUACAAUUAAAAGAAAAAUGUUAAUUUCUCAUAUUGUUUGAUACUUUCGAGUUUUUUUUUCGGUUAAAUAUGUCAAAGAUGCGAAAAUAACCUUUUAAAAAAUCCAAACCGAUUUUUGCCCUAGUAUAAACUCAAAAGUAGUGCCACAUUCGUGUGCGACAAGGCAGAGGAGGAAGAUAAUAAGAUGGCUCAGAGAAUACUAAGAGAUCAUGAAGCUUAUCGAUGUGAACGAUCUGAUUUCCCAAUCCUCUGCCAAUCUUGCCUCGGUGACAAUCCUUACUUGCGAAUGGCACUAGCGAAUUUUGACAAGGAAUGCAAGGUAUGUACACGGCCUUUCACGGUGUUUAGGUGGAGACCUGGCCGGGCUGCUAGAUACAAGAAAACCGAAAUUUGUCAGACUUGCUCCAAGUUGAAGAACGUAUGCCAAGUCUGUAUUCUUGAUCUUGAGUAUGGUCUUCCAGUUCAGGUCAGAGACACGACACUUAACAUUACUAGCCAUGACUCUAUCCCAAGAAGCCAUGUCAACAGAGAGUAUUUUGCUGAAGAACAUGAGCGAAUGACUAGAGCUGGACUGGAUUGUGACUCUUCGUUUGGGAAGAUGGGACCUAAUGAUACUCUUCUGAAUCUUCAAAGAAGUGAACCACACUAUGAAAAGAACCUGCCACAUGUUUGCAGUUUCAACACCAUUGGUAAGUGUACAAGCGGUGCCGGAUGCGCAUUCAGGCAUGAGAUGCCCAAGACAGGAGAGUUAUCACACCAAAACAUAAAAGAUCGUUAUUAUGGUAAAAACGAUCCAGUUGCGAUGAAACUGCUUCGAAAAGCCGCUGAGAUGAGCACUUUGGAACCACCAGAGGAUGAAAGCAUCAAAACGCUUUACAUCGGUGGACUUAACUCUGGAACGAUCCUCGAGCAUGACAUAACUUGGAAGUACCAAGAAGGCAGUGUGGCUCAGAGUGGUUUACUACCUCCAACAAUGCAGCAUCUGUACAAUAUGCACUCAGCACCACCUAACCAGGACAACCCUUUUUACCCAUCAAUGGACCCGCAGAGAAUGGGUGGUUUAAGCACCAGUGAGAACAAUGGAGCUUCUUCUUACCUGAUGCCUCCACACCAGCCAUACACACCACCACCAUAUUGACAUAAUGCAUUUGAUUAUAAAUGUUCCCUAAAUUUUAUUUUAUGAAGAGUUAUCAUUUUAAUAUUUUUUACAUAUUAAAAACUGAUUUGAAACACAUUAAUGUUAUUUUUAAUCAAGCAUAUUUUAACCAAUACUAUUAUUUAAGAUAAAAAUGCUUGUUUAUAAAAUUAAUGCAUUAUGCAAUUAAUACUAAACUUAAAUAGAAAUUUUAUACUCUAAAAUGUUAUUUUUGUAUUAAAAAAAUAAGUCAAACAAAUAGAGUAUGUGUUUUUUUGAGACAUAGUUAAAACAAAGCAGAUCAAUCAUGUCAUUUAAUUAAUUUCACUUUCAACAAGUUUCAUUUUUUUAUUUGCAGAAGAAAAAAAAACACAACAAUAACCAAAAAUGUGAUAUUGCUCUAUACUAAAUCUGUUACAGCUUACAGGACUGUUUUUUAUCUUACUUGGAAGAUAACAUACCAGAAACCAAGUUAACAUCAUCAUCACUUUCACCAUCAACAUCAUCAUCCUCAGAAUCAACA